UGAUUGGUCGACGGGGGGGGGGGGGGUGCACGCAUCUCGCCGUUCUCCGCCAGCGUUGGCGAUCGACCGCCCGCCGGGUUUCUCGCUCGGCGAUUUCACGACGCCGCCUCGUCGCCCGCAGCGAUGUCCCUCAAGCAGUGCAUGGACGAGUGGGGCGAGCUGGAGACGGAGUACAAGACGUUACAGGAGACGCACAAGUUGUAUAAGCACAAACUGGACGAGGUCACGAGGCUGCAAUCGAGUUGCUGCGAAUCCAUCGACAAGCAGAAGCGAGGCAUGAAGGACCUCCUGCAGUCCCUCAAACACUGUAAACCGCCCAAGUUCCCCGAGGAGAGGGAGGUGGUGGAGAAGGUGGAAGCGGCGAUUGAGGAACGGCAGGCGAUUUUCUUUGACAUGGAAGCCUUCCUGCCGAAAAAGAAUGGGUUGUACUUGAACUUGGUGCUGGGAAACGUGAACGUGACGUUACUGAGUAAACAGGCCAAAUUUGCCUACAAGGACGAGUACGAGAAGUUCAAGCUGUAUCUCACGACACUCCUCAUCCUCGCGUCCUUCACCUGUCGAUUCCUGGUCAACUACAGGGUGACGGACGAGAUUCUGAACUUCCUGCUCGUGUGGUACUACUGCACACUCACCAUCCGCGAGAGCGUUCUCAUCAGCAAUGGCUCUCGGAUUAAAGGCUGGUGGGUGGCGCACCACUACGUGUCCGCUUUCCUCUCGGGAACGAUGCUCACCUGGCCAAAUGGGCUGAUGUACCAGAUGUUCAGAAACCAGUUUCUCGCCUUCACCAUGUACCAGAACUUCCUCCAGUUCCUGCAGUAUUACUACCAGAGCGGGUGUCUGUACCGGCUGCGUGCACUGGGGCACAGGCACAACAUGGAUCUGACCGUUGAGGGGUUCCAGUCGUGGAUGUGGCGUGGACUCACGUUCCUGCUUCCGUUCCUCUUCUUUGGCCACUUGUGGCAGCUGUACAACUCCAUCACGCUGUUCAAGCUGGCUCAGCACAAGGAGUGCAAGGAGUGGCAGGUGUUCGUGCUGGCGCUCACUUUCCUUGUGCUCUUCGGUGGGAACCUCCUCACCACGCUGCGGGUGAUCCAGCAGAAGGUGCAGAGCGUACACGAGGGCACGGGCGACAAGGACAAGAGCGCCUGAGAAACCGCGACCCCCGACAAACCCAGAGCCGUCCGUGUUACGAAGAAACGUUCAUCCAUUUUUAUAUCGACCUGCGCCGACAACAGCGAGAGUGCUGACUCUACGUUUUAAAGCUCACCUAAUUUUACUUUUGAGCGUCGACGACGGCGCGCCUCGGCGUCGAUUUGCGCGCACACGCACAAAAGGGCGCGGUACGAGGGCACCCACGUCCCUGCCGCGCCGUUCGCGCCGCCGCUGGGAUGAAGGACGGCGCCCGGAGGUGCCGGGGGGGGUUCGUCGAGAGAGAGCGAGAGCCGAAUGCGAUUCGCCCGAGGUGAUUUUUCUGCCGAUUAGCGUGCAUGCGCCGUACAGCUUGCCGCAGCAUCCGCCGGCCUUGGGCUACUCCGCGGGGCGUUGGGCCGCACCUCCGCCCUGCAUCGCUUGCAGCGUCCGCUUCAAAGUCUUGACGAGUUCCGUGACCAUGGAGGCAGAGUCACUGGUGGUGUUUCCGUGUGGGGGCCAAGCAGGGAUUACAUAAACGAAAUGUCGCCUCCGUGGAUUUGAAAUCUCCCAGAGGCCAGCUCUCACACCCUUGCCAUCUUGUGCGGUGGAGGGGGCCGGUUGGAAUGCCCCACAUGGUGUAACCACGGUGUCAUGUUUAAGAAAUGUAACCGGCAAUUGUGCAAAGUAGUAUUGUAAUAAUUUAUUAUUAAAACUACAACAGUAUUUGACGUCAUUGUUGCUGCUUGAUAAGAUCCACGCGGCUCGUGUCUCAGAUUUGGCUUUUUUUGUUGUUGCUUUUUAUCCUUUCCUCCCGGUAAAUACAACUUUACGGUUCUUGUUAAAAAUGAAAAAAAUUAAAUAGCAUUACAAUUUUCACGUGGUUUUAAGUUGUGCAAAGCGGUCAAACGCUGUCGCAAGACAUCAGCAUCAUCAUCGUUUCAGGAGCUCCCACCGUCAUCAUUCCAGUCGUCGUCACCAAUUCUGGACAUUAGUCACUGUUCAACAACCAAAAGAGGGGUUUACGUUUUAACUUUUAACCGAGUUAAGAGCGGUGCCACCACUACGGCCUCUCAAGAGCUGCCCCACGAAGUGGACGGAGAAAAGUCACUGGGUGAACUUUAAUUAAAACCGAGGUGUGAGAGAGCCCCUUUUAGAACAAUAGGUUAAUUCUCAAGGCAGACCUCAAAUGCCAUUGCGUUCACAGGCGCUGCCGCUGAUGAGCGCGCCGAAUGAACACCGUGCAGCGUGGAUGCGUUUGGAGCUUCUGAAUAGGACCACGUCCCCAGUUACUCCGUGAGCUUCACAGCUGGACCCGAUUCGCGUGUUCGUGGCGAAAUCCCUUUCCCUCUUUGUCCGAUAUUUGGCGAAUUCGCCAUCGAUGGCCAACGCCAACGACGAAUCCCCACGGCGGCGUGUUACUUGACCGUCGAACGCCUUCCCCAUCGUCUCCGUUUCCCCAAGUUCGAAACACAUUUUGUUCAAUUCAGCAUAC